UUGCAGUCAACUUUAGUCAACGCCCACAGUGGAUUCAAAAGGCCGUGUGGCUGCGACUUCAAUCACACCCGAUCGCCAUAAGAGAAGACCACCACACUGCGGGAAUAAAGUGCAACAUGUGGUUACUAUUGAUGUUGUCGCUUUGUGCAUCCCUUUCUAAUACUGCUGGGUUCGCUUGGACGUCUGUUCAUCCCAGUCCACUCGUCGUCUUUCUCGGAGACAACAGCACAGACGUCGAGUUAAGAUGGGACUUCGAUCUGCAGAUCAGUAAUAUCUUCUACGCGAGACUAGAGCUGCUCGACAGUGCGGAUAGCAGGACUAAAGUGCAUAUUAAAAACAUGCAGCCUGGAGAAAUGGGGGAAUGGACAAGUUCUUACUAUUUACUGAACGUUACAAUCCCUGACUAUGAUUCCACGAGUACUGUCGGGUUCAUUAAGCUUACCAUUAAAAAUAUGGAAAAUCAAGGACCGCAUAUUAACGUGGAGGCUGUUGACACCUACUUUUAUCGAGUAAAAAUUAUGACAUUAAUGGGAACAAUUUUUCAGAAUGACGUAUCUUUUCGCUCGUUUAGAAAACCAAAUUUGCUGUCUUACCCCACUAACCACACCAUUGCCAAGAUUGGCAGCAGCGUGAGCCUGGAAUGUGACGUCAAGGGAAAACCGCCACCCAAUAUCACGUGGUCAAAACUUGGCGACAACCAAUGGCGAUCGAAGGGAAGCGUUAUCCGUAUCUUUAAUUUCACAGUCGAAGACCGGGGUAUCUACGAGUGCAGCGCGUAUAACGGAAUAGGUCCAAACGUCACAGCGGUAUCACUUGUGCAGUAUACUGGGUGUACGUCUCGAUGUGCAAAGAAAGAAGUUGGUGUUGAGAUGACCGACUUGAAAUGGACGGUUAGGUACAGCUACUCGUGUCUGUACACGCCUGAAAUUAACAAUCUCAAAAGCAGAAUUGAAUACGAGAUUGUUCGUGAGUACAUAGAACAAGGUGUAAACAUCUUUGCAGCACAAGUUACACACUUCAGGCGCGGGAGUGUCGUUGCCGUCAUAUCGUUGCAGCAGCCAAUCAACUCAACAGUAAAUGACGCGCCCGUGCAAGGUCUGGUCAGCGGAGGGCACAUGGCGGGGCAAGAAGUCACUAGGCAUCUCGUCAGUCCCACUGGAGCUGCCUGGACUAAGACGCCCCAGACUCCUCUAUACGUCCUUCUAAACAAAAACAGCACUCUCGUCAACUUGCAAUGGGAGUUUGACCUUCAGCUUGAUAACCUGGUCCUCGUGGAACUCAAACUCCUCCGAACACCUUAUAGAACCAGAACAAUCACAAAUAUCACCGCCGGACAACAAGGGGAGAUCUUGUCCAACACGUACUACCACGUGACUGGCCGAGCGCCAGAUAAAGGGGACGUGAACCGAGUUGGUUAUGUUCAACUUAUCAUCAAGGAUGUGGUAAAGCAAGGGCACGAGGAUUGGGUUGCUGGAUCAUCAGAUGCGUUUACGUACAGCCUGGUGAUACGCCCGACAAGUGGACACAACAUCCAAAGUGAUGCUCAAGUUAUCGUCUACAUGGAGCCCAAGCUGCUGUCGUAUCCUAGCAACCACACCAUCACUCAGAUUGGCGGCAGGUUGACGUUGACGUGUGAGGUCCAAGGAAUACCAACACCCAACAUCACGUGGUCUAAGCUCGGCGACCCGCGAUUGCGGUCAACAGGGAGCACCUUCACCAUCUCUGGAUUCACAGUCGAGGACCGGGGUAUCUACGUGUGCACCGCGUCUAAUGGAAUCGGACCAAACGUCACAGCGGUAUCACUCGUGCAGUAUACUGGGUGUGUAACAGACUGUACCAAAAGAGAAGUGUCCAUUCAAAUAACAAGCCUUAACUGGAGUGGGAACUACAGCAACCCUGAUGUGUAUACCUCUGAAAUAAGGAAACUCAAGAACAGAAUUGAAUACGAGAUCUUCAGAGAAUACGAACUUCAAAGUCUGCCUUUAUAUGCCGUCCAAGUUACAAGUUUUAGAUCCGGUAGCGUUAUAACCAACGUGUCUCUACAACAGCCGGGUAACAGCGUGAAUUUUGCGCCUUUGCAAAAAUUAAUUGACGGGGGACGAUUGGCCGGACAGACAGUCAGAAGAUUAAUCGGACCGCAACCAGUGAGGCCCGAGCUGGUGUCGUAUCCUAGCAACUACACCAUCACUCAGAUUGGCAGCAGGGUGACGUUGACAUGUGAGGUACGAGGAAUACCAACACCCAACAUCACGUGGUCUAAGCUCGGCGACCCGCGAUGGCGGUCAACAGGGAGUACCUUCACCAUCUCUGGAUUCACAGUCGAGGACCGGGGUAUCUACGUGUGCACCGCGUCUAAUGGAAUCGGAACAAACGUCACAGCGGUAUCACUUUUGCAGUAUACUGGGUGUACGAAGGACUGCGCUAAGAAGGAGGUCCCAGUACACGUGAUAAGUCUGCUAUGGACUGAGCGCUACAGCAAGCCGGACUUGUACACUCCCGAAAUUCAAGACCUCAAAAAGACAAUAGAAUAUGAGAUUACUCGAGUAUACCAAAGGCAAAAUGUCGACAUCUAUGCCGCACAAGUCACCAGCUUCAAGCGCGGGAGUGUCGUCGCCAUGGUAACCUUGCAGCAGCCAGGCGACAGUGUGAAUGACGCGCCCCUACAGGGUUUAAUAGACAGUGGAAAGUUGGCCGGACAAUUUGUCCGGCAUGUUCGCAUCGCCCCAACCACAGCGGCAAAAGUUGUCGGAUAUCAGUUCUUAUACUCUCGUAUUUUCAUCGUGUGUGUGUCCACCAUUGGCGUUCUUGUCAUAAUCAUCAUCAUCCUCACGGUGUGCGUCUGCAAGCGACGAGGUACUCCGGCGAUUAAGGCCGACAGGAAAGCAGGUCACCUGAGUGAAAGUGAGAUUAUUGAUAUGUGCGAGGAACUGGAUAUCCCCUUGAGAGCCAAUGUCGUCUUCUACAAUACUCAAGCACAAGGGAACGAGCGCACCAACAUGAGAUCACCUGACGAAAUCACCCAAGACAAUAACGUAGUGGGUACAAACAUGAAAUUCUACGAACCAAAGGCAUCAUCUGUCCAAGCGAAUGGCCAAAACAACAAAAACAACAGCAACAAUACUCAGUAGAUGAAUUAUUGACAUCGUAGUGUGCUGCUCAGUGCGCAUGACCGAUAGCCCAGGUUACUUAGCGGGCGUACUCAUGUGCCUUAGCAUGCAAUAAAAAGGCGAGGCGAUUAUUAAGGUUCUGUACGCUCUCCUAAGUCCAGUAAUGAUCAGAUGAUCACCAUCUAAUGAAAUAUUCAUACAUGAUCACGUAAUCGCCGAUCUAAUACGCAGCUUAGUGUAUGUUUGUAACGCAAUGCCUCAAAAGCCCUUGCCAUCCCAGCAGAUCAUAUAUGAUACGACUCCUUCUCAUUGGCCGAUAUAGACACGGUGCUACUCGCGCUCUCAUUGGUUGAUAAGCGGGCCCUUCAUCCUUGUACGGCCCGCUCAGACACAACGCAACACUUUGCGAUACAACAUUCUCUUGAAAUGCUUUUUGAUAAAAUAUCUUAUUGUUCUCGUAUGCGUGGGACGUACGAACGAUUCGAUUUUCCAUCGUUCUUAUGACCCGCAGCCUUCUGAGUCUAUAAGUUCAGGUACGACUCGCGCACUAGGUCAAUAAGAGCAUAUAUUUUAGUUGGUAUAGACAUCUAAUAAUUCUUUAAGGAUUAAGAACACUAAUAAAUGAAACUGUAGAA